AUGCGCACGCGCGACUGCGCGGCCUGCGCGCUCGACAAGACCUUCGCCCUCUACACGCUGGGCGGCGAGCCGACGAACUUCGACUGGCGCGACCUCGGCGCGGUCACGGCCGUCAAGAACCAGGCGGAGUGCGGGAGCUGCUGGUCCUUCUCGACCUGCGGCGACGUCGAGGGCACGAAAUUCCUCGGGUCCGGGGGCACGAUCCUGCACUCGCUGAGCGAGCAGCAGCUCGUGGCCUGCAACACGAUGAACAUGGGCUGCGACGGCGGCUACCCGUUCGCGGCGAUGCAGUACGCGGCCCACUUCGGGGGCCUGGUCCACCUCGAGGACUACGAGUACAAGGCCAUCAACGAGGGGUCGUCGGGGACGCCGUCCUGCGACACGGCCACGCUGAACAGCGCGCUCGAGCGCGACGACUACGAGAAGAAGAUGCCCCUGGCCCUCGUGAAGAACGGGCCGUUGAGCGUGUCCUUCAACGCCAACGGCAUGGAGUUCUACGUCGAGGGCAUCGUCGGCUGCACGACGGGCCGCUGCAAGAGCGGCGCGAUCGACCACGAGGUGCCCUGCGACCCGGACUCGCUGGACCACGCGGUCCUCAUCGUCGGCUACGGCGACGACGACAUCAACUACUGGGUCAUCAAGAACUCCUGGGGCUCGGAGUGGGGCGAGGCGGGCUACUACCGCCUCGUCCGCGGCACCAACGCGUGCGGCGUCGCGAACAUGGUCGUCCACUCCGUCUACAAGGCGCCAGGCCCGUAA